AUGUCACCACCAUUGCAGGUCAUGUCACCCUCACUGCAAGUCAUGUCACCACCAUUGAAGGUCAUAUCACCACCAUUGCAGGUCAUUUCACCCUCACUGCAAGUCAUGUCACCACCAUUGAAGGUCAUAUCACCACCAUUGCAGGUCAUUUCACCUCAUUGCUGGUCAUGUCAACAACAUUGCAGGUCAUGUCAACAACAUUGUAGUUCAUUUCACCUCAUUGCAGGUCAUUUCACCUCAUUGCUGGUCAUGUCACCACCAUUGCAGGUCAUGUCAUCCUCACUGCAAGUCAUGUCACCACCAUUGAAGGUCAUAUCACCACCAUUGCAGGUCAUUUCACCUCAUUGCAGGUCAUUUCACCUCAUUGCAGGUCAUUUCACCUCAUUGCAGGCCAUGUCAUCCUCACUGCCAUGCAGAAGUUCCUUUAAACUCAUAACUUUGUGCCAUACAGAAACUGCACAUCUCUUUGGAUUGAACGUUAUGUUGACUAAAUUUCUAUAUAAGCCUUUACCACGGGUAGUUUUCCUUGAAUGUCAAAAUUGA